AAAAUGUUCGGAUGGCUGAGUGGCCUCUGGGAUCCAUUCACCGUCCAUCUCUCCCUGUGCUCUUUUAGAUCUCAGACAAUAGAAAUGGAAUAAAAACGGGAGGCUUCCUCAGACAGGGAGAGGGAGGUAUUUAGAUUCAUUGCUCCUUCCACCUUUCUUUGUUCGUUCUACUUUAGCUUCAGACUUCGAGCUAAAGUUCUUCGGGUUGUCUUUGAGCUCGUUGCAGAUGAUUCUGGUUGAUAAAUUCUUUCUUUCUCCGGGCAUCGUGCCCUUAAAAUUAAGCUGGUGGGCUUUCUCUGUCAGGGAUUAUUCUUAUCAGACGAGUACCGAGGGCCAGAUCUGAUCUCCAUCUAGGUUUUCUAGCGUUCCAUAAACUGUGUGCCAUUAGAUUGUCUCUAUUAUUUUGGAAAGCGAAUUGUACUUGAAUUCCAGGCAGCUAUUGCAUCGAUUCAUUUUUUAUUGGUUCGGUGAAGGUUCUUAAAAUCUGGUAGUCAGUCUGUCCUUUUUUUUUUCUUUUUCUUUUUUUUUUUGAUUUUGCUCUUAGGUGUUUUUACUAACUACUCUAGUUUUGGCGAGCUGGUUGUUUUCUCCUGAUUCUUUGAGGGAGGCAUAUAACUCGCUUUGCAUUGAUUUAGCUUUGGAUUUGCUUCUUCUUUUGGUCCUUUCACCCAAAUUAUGUUCUUGGGCUUGAGGUAAUAAACUGGUAGCAUCCUUAGAUGAUGACAAACUCGUGGAUGGAAGUUAUAUCUCCUUAUCCUGCUUAUUUAUCCAAUUCUAAUUGGAUACUUGGUGAGAAAAAGAGCGGGAACUGGACUCAGCAUGAAAACAAGCUAUUUGAGAAUGCUCUUGCGCAUUUCGAUGAAGACCUGCCAGACAGAUGGGUGAAGGUAGCUGAAAUGAUCCCUGGGAAAACAGUGGAGGAUGUCGUAGCCCAUUACCGGGAUUUAGAAGACGAUGUUAAUUGCAUAGAAGCUGGGCUGAUUCCCUUUCCCGGCUACAGCUCUUCAUCUUUCACUUUGGAUUGGGAAAACGAUCAUGGCUUUGAUGAGUUGCGGCAUGCUUGUUGUGUUGGUGGAAAGAGACUGGGAGGAAGGCUUGCUGAACAUGAGAGGAAGAAAGGAAUCCCUUGGACUGAAGAAGAGCACAAGAGGUUCUUAAUUGGUCUUAAAAAAUAUGGGAAAGGUGACUGGCGAAACAUCUCUCGCAAUUUUGUUGUUACAAGGACUCCAACCCAAGUUGCCAGCCAUGCCCAGAAGUAUUUCAUCAGGCUGAAUUCUGGUACCAAAGAGAAGAGGAGAGCUAGCAUACAUGACAUCAAAACCGUCUCUCUUGAAGACAGCAGAUCUCCCUCUCCAUCCCAACCAUCUGUUUCAUCUAUACAAUCAAGUUCUUCCUCAGCUCCAGCCACCUCUGAACAAUUCUCCAUGGUUGUUGAUUCCAAACUUCCCAAUGAAGUAGCCACUGUCUUUAGUCCGUCUUCCAAUGGAAAUCAGUUCAUUCAGUCAAGUUAUGGAAUCUUUCCGUAUGGAAUGAAACGGCAGCCUCAAAGCACAUUUCAAUGCAAUCUUAAUGGUGCAAUUCCUGGACAAAACGGUGUUUUUUUUUAGAUGGCAUGCAUGAAAUUCCACCCUUCUGAAAGAGAUAUUAUUUUGCCUAUCAUGUUGCUUUGUCCUCUGGAUUUACACUUCUUUUGGCAUUCAAUAGUCAGGUAUAUUCAUAAUUCUCUUCAGAAUGCUGAAAUGUUAGAUUGAAGUAAAGAAACAAAAGAGAAAAAAAAAGGAAAAAAAAGCUCAGGUGGUGUAAUGGUCUUUCAACGUUUGGGUACAUGGCUUAGUUAAACAUCCAGGGAAACUGAAUAUCGCUUACUUGUACAUACAUCUUUCAAGCUGCAGAACACAAAAACUGCAUGGCCUGCCAACAUUGUUACUUGGGUCUGUUUAAUAGUUUUAGCCGAGGAUACUGAUCGCUUCUGCCACUAUCACUCAUCUUAUGGCCUUCUGAUUAUUUGAUGGCUAAGUUAUGGUGAGCUUGUAUGAAAAGGAAUAACUUUGCCAUCUCUUGAUUUGUGUUCGCGCCUGUAGGAGCAACAGGGGUCACCAAUCUUUCUUGUAAUAUUUACUCAAGAGUGCAACGAAAUCUAUAUUCUCCAUCAUGUUCCGUCAUAUUGUUUGUUUAUUAUAGGAAAAUUUUAAGGUUUUGUGCUGGAGUAAGUAAUGUAAUGUCUGUUUGUGUACUAUGAUCAUCAGAAAUGCAUUCCUUUUCUGUA